GAUUAGUUUGCAGAAAGUGGAAUCGAUCGACUAUUGGGGAGUUUUGAUUGCGCUAUAGCACUAUGGCAGAAGUGUUAAAGUUGGUGGCUGUUAUCGCAGUGUUUGUUGUCCAAGUUUGUUUUGCCUUUUCAAGUUACGAGUCAGGUAUUAUACAAACGCAGUAAGUUUAAUAGAUGAGUUCAGCUACGCAGACUAAAUUUUGAUCUAGGCAAGAAGAACAAAAUCCAUCACCACAGCUAGAAAGAGCAUGUUAAAAUUAGUGAAAUUGCAAAGUUUGGUUACGAAAUGUUGUAAAAUGAGGAAAAUAGAGCCCUGCAAAAUUUGCAUAAAUUUGUAUAAAUUUUUGGCUCAAGUGUGGUACUGCAUUUUCCCGUGCGUAAUAUGGGAUUAAUACAAAAUUUGCAAAUUUCGUAGGGCUAUUCGUUUGCAAAUUUCGUAGGGCCUUCCUUCCGCGAAUAUAGAAUAUGGAAUACCAUCUCACGCAAAAUGUGACAUGCCAUGAACUAAUGCAUAUAUACAUGCAACACACAUACUGCACAAAAUUAGGUUAUUAAUAUUUCUGUUUUUCGGAUUGUUUAUAGAUUAUUAUAACGACUGGCUAUACGAUGUUGGCAUGCCAUCGUCUCGAUCUGGUGGAGUAGGUAUGUUAUAUAGAAGAAGAAAUUUAUUACCAUUCAAAAAUUUACUAUGAGAAAAAAAUGAUAUAAUGUAUAACACAAAUUAUGGUAAAAAGCAUACUAAAAGAGCCUUAAAGAGACUAGCCUGGUUAGUUGGCUUUCUAUGUUUGUUAUUCAAGAAUCAAACGGCUAGAAAGAGAAGAUACAAUACGAUGGAAAUGAACUUUCUGAAAUAUGCUACAAAUCUUAUAUUCAAUUGCUAUACUCCUAUAAGAAUGAUGGAAAUAUGCCAUCGGGAUCAAUUGUUUAGUAAAUAGCUGCAAACAAUAUAUUGAUUGCUUGUAUACAUAUCAAGGAUAUUAUGAAUCAAUAUUGUUUUUUUUAAUCCUAUCUUAUUUAGGUUCUUUGUGUUUUCGUCAAUCGAGUUUAAAUAAGCCCGAAACGUCGAUGUUCUCCUUGUAUUUUUCGAAUAGUUAUCAAUCCGAAGAUUUCUGCAUAUGUAUCAGUAUAUAUAAAUUUGAAGGCUCUUCUACAACAUUUUCUUUGUCUAGCAAAAUGUAAGAAAGAUCUUCUGCUAGUGGUGGACACCUCAUACAGUAUCGGAGAGACUUCCUUCAACCAAGAUGUCAAACCGUUUCUUGAGCGACUAGUCCUAGACCCCCUCCUGAAUGUAGGAGAGGAAGGCACACAAGUUGGCCUCAUUAUAUUCAGCGAAGCACAUAAGACCGAAAAACUGUUAAACAUUGGAAAGAUCUACGACGCAGGAGAGCUCGCGCAGUUUAUGAAAGGUUUGGAUUGGAGCAAAGUUAGUGGUGGUCAUACUAGGACGGAUGUAGGAUUAAAGUAUGCCAAUGAGGUAAUGUGAUGUGAAAGAAGCUAGUAUAUGAGAGGAAUCUCUUAAUUUUCUCUCCUGACGUUUGUAGCCUUUUAAUAAUUUCGUCCGUGAGAGCCAUCAAGAAACAAAUUGAUGAACUAAAAAAGUGCGGACUAACUGUGGGAUUUGUAGGAUAUUUCGUAUUCUUGAGCCACCACUAUCUCUAUUCAUCGCAAUGAAUAUAAUCCCUAAUAUGCAGCAGUAGUAGAAGAUCAUCGUCGUCAUCGUCAUCAUCAUCAUCUAUAUCAUCAUCUACAUCGUCAUCUAUAUCAUCAUCUAUAUCAUCUAUAUAAUCAUGAUCAUCUAUAUCAUCAUCUAUAUCAUCAUCUAUAUCAUCAUCUAUAUCAUCAUGAUCAUCUAUAUCAUCAUGAUCAUCUAUAUCAUCAUCAUCAAUAUAUCAUCAUCAUUUAUGUCACCUAUGUCAUCAUCAUCUAUAUCAUGGCCAACUAUCAUCAUCAACGUAUCAUCAUCUAUAUCAUCACGAUCUAUAUCAACAUGAUCUAUAUCAUCAUGAUCUAUAUCAUCAUGAUCUAUAUCAUCAUGAUCUAUAUCAUCAUCAUUAUCAUCUAUAUCAUCAGUAUCUAAUCAUCAUCAUCAUCUAUAUCAUAUAUCAUCAUCUAUAUCAACAUAACUAUACCAUCGUCUAUAUCAUCAUUAUCACCAUCAUCUAUAUAAUUAUCAACAAGAACAAUUACACCAACAACAUCAACAUCAACAUCAACAAAACAAAAAUAAAAGCGCAAACGACACCAUACCAGACAACCUUUACUAUAACUCAACUUAUUUCCCAAUCAAACUACUGUUAUCUUCAUAUAAAUUAUUUCUAUGCAGAUAUUCUCUGGUGAAAACCCAAGCAACAACAGACCGGAUGUUGACGAUGUCGUAGUCAUUAUUACGGACGGUGAACCUCGAGGAAGAAGCAACACUCUACAACUGACAAAAGAGUACGCUAAUGAUCUCAAAGAAAAGGGAAUUCUCAUUGUCGGCGCCGCCGUUGGCCCUGACAGGCGGAAAUUUAAACAUAUCUUAGAGGAAUUGGCUACAUCGUCAAAGUAUGUUCUCGAUGCUGAUUUUAAUCAGAUGGAUGACAUCUUAGCAAAAUUGGUCGCAAGUUCGUGUAUAAAACCAAGUACGAAAAGUUGCUUUAGAUUUGUGUAAGAUUCGAAAACUUGACUUGACAGAAUAUUAUAUUUGUAUUUGAUGGACUGCAAGUCGAGUAAAUAAUGUUAUGACUUAUACAAACACUAAACUUGAAAUGUUUCGAUAGAUACUUUAAUUGAAAUUAUUCUCUACUAAUUCUUCCAGUUUUAAGUUGGUUGGAUUAAUAUGGGAUGUCAGUCAUGUUGUCCUUUCUUUCAAUCAUAUCUGUUUAUGUUUUUCCAUUGUAAUAUGACUGAAAAUCUCUUGUGGUCAUCACGCUUGACUUUCAAGCUGGGAGACCUGGGUUCGAUCCUUGGUUGGAUCUCUACUCAAGGUCUCAAUAAUUGAGAAGAAAGUGCUACCUUUACAUUGACAUUAGUAAAUGGUUAGACUUUCGCGUCUUCUCGGAUAAUGACUUGGCUCUCUCUAUAUCCGAUAUUAACCUUUUCUUGAGCGACUAGUCCUAGAUCCCUUCCUGAAUGUAGGAAAGGAAUUAUAAGGCACACAAGUUGGCCUCAUUAUAGUAAGUGCUACCUACUCAAGGUCUCAAUAAUUGAAGAGAAAGUGCUAUCUUUACAUUGACAUUAGUAAAUGGUUAGACUUUCGCGUCUUCUCGGAUAAUGACUUGGCUCUCUCUAUAUCCGAUAUUAACCUUUUCUUGAGCGACUAGUCCUAGAUCCCUUCCUGAAUGUAGGAAAGGAAUUAUAAGGCACACAAGUUGGCCUCAUUAUAGUAAGUGCUACCUACUCAAGGUCUCAAUAAUUGAAGAGAAAGUGCUAUCUUUACAUUGACAUUAGUAAAUGGUUAGACUUUCGCGUCUUCUCGGAUAAUGACUUGGCUCUCUCUAUAUCCGAUAUUAACCUUUUCUUGAGCGACUAGUCCUAGAUCCCUUCCUGAAUGUAGGAAAGGAAUUAUAAGGCACACAAGUUGGCCUCAUUAUAGUAAGUGCUACCUACUCAAGGUCUCAAUAAUUGAAGAGAAAGUGCUAUCUUUACAUUGACAUUAGUAAAUGGUUAGACUUUCGCGUCUUCUCGGAUAAUGACUUGGCUCUCUCUAUAUCCGAUAUUAACCUUUUCUUGAGCGACUAGUCCUAGAUCCCUUCCUGAAUGUAGGAAAGGAAUUAUAAGGCACACAAGUUGGCCUCAUUAUAGUAAGUGCUACCUACUCAAGGUCUCAAUAAUUGAAGAGAAAGUGCUAUCUUUACAUUGACAUUAGUAAAUGGUUAGACUUUCGCGUCUUCUCGGAUAAUGACUUGGCUCUCUCUAUAUCCGAUAUUAACCUUUUCUUGAGCGACUAGUCCUAGAUCCCUUCCUGAAUGUAGGAGAGGAAGGCACACAAGUUGGCCUCAUUAUAGUAAGUGAAUAUCGUAAGUAAAAUCGUAGGUACCUUGCGUGAGAGACUGUCUAAAAAAGCCGUUAAAAAAUUUCCAUCAAUUCCUCUAAGUUUAAUUUAUGUUGUUCUUAUACUCAAGGUAAAUGCUCGUGCCACGAGAUGACAUCAUCCCCAAUCUACGUCAAGCCGGGCGAUACGACAGCAGUAGUGGAAUGGCCUAUCCCACAAUUCACCUGCAAGGCUGGUCGCAAAGCAACACUGAAGACGACGGAAGUCACACCACAGAUUACGUCACCUCAUGCCUUCGCUAUUGGUGAACAUAUCAUUAGUUAUACAUUCAAACUGAAAGGUGGCGUCUCCGUCACCUGUCCAGUCACGAUCACAGUGAAAGGUGGGUUGGAAAUAAACAAUGGUGGAAAUCUUGACGGAAAAUUGCCGAAUUUUCGGAAAUUUUGACCUAAAAGAGGGCAAAAAACAGUCUUUUCCAGUGCAAAUGGGGGGGGGGGUACGUCGGAAAUUUGAAAGUUUUGUCGGAAAUUUAGGAGGCUUUGCCCCCCCCCCCCACCGGAAAGUCUACGUGCUCAAAUUCGUCCGGAUAUGUUCACACGGAACUGGAUUAAUUACGAGACGAAAAGUGCCACACGAAACCGGAUAAAUAGAUGAUUCUAUCUAUAGACUAAAUUUUGAUUUAGGCAAGAAAGAGCCACAGCUAGAAAGAGCAUGUUCAAAUUAGUAAAAUUGCAAAGUUUGGUUGCGAAAUGUUGUAAAAUGAGGAAAAUAUAGCCCUGUGAAAUUUUCGUGUUACGCACGGGAAAAUGCAUCACUUUCGGCCCAAAUGUGGUGCAUUUUCCCGCGCGUAAUACAAAUUAAUGACAAAAUUUACAAAUUUCGCGAGGCUAUAUUUUCCGCAUUUUACAGUACAUUUUGCGGCCAAACUUUGCAAUUUUACUUAUUUUAACAUGCUCUUUCUAGCUGUGUUGAUCCGUUUUUCUUGCCAAUAUCAAAAUUUAGUCUAUAGCUGGAAUAAUCCAUUGUACAGUCUCAAUCCCAACCCUCUAUACUGCGGAAAAUGGUCUUGAAAAAGACGACCGGUUCCGCUAUCCAUAUGGCGCCGUCUACUACAAAUUUACUGUUGACAAGUUGUUGGAACAGCAUUGCUACAAGUCUGCAUGCAACAGGUUAAUUUGUUACAAUCGUUAUGCGUUUUUUACACGUGUAUACCAUUGAAAUAUAUAUUUUAGGUGAGCUAUGUCGCGGCGUGGUGUUUAACUCUGGAGACCAUGUUUGUUGCUGUGGCACCAUUCAUCCGCGCAAGCCUGGGCACGAGUGUUGCGGGCCAGAUUAUUUCAACACUUCCAACCAGAAAUGUUGUGCAAAUGCGAACCUCGUCUCGAGUCAAGAUUCUUGUCCAACUCCUUAACUGAAAUACUGUCUUGAAAAUAUUAUAUACUGCAGCACAGUGACACUAUGGUAACCGGUGGCUACAUAAGCUUAGAAUUCGAAAACGUAUAUAUAUAUAUAUAUAACAUUAUUAAUGGAGAAUUAAUUUUACCUGGCAGGAUCUUAAUGUAAUGAGAUAAUAUGGUUUGAAUAUAUAUCAUGGUGUGGCGAAUUUGUGCUUGAAAGUUGAUCAUUUUUUUGUAUAAAGUGUUUCCAAGGAUAGGUGGCCUGGUGUGCAGUGUCCAGCCAAUUCCCAAGGAUUCAAAGAAUAAAGCCCAGGUGAGGUCACACUACACAACGACAACGCCGGAUACGAUAACUUGUAUAUGCGCGCUGAUUGCUCAAAAAUUUAUCGUUAUCGUCCGACUGAAUUGAAAAAUCGCUCGGGUGAGUGAUCUUAAAAUCGUUAUCGUUAUCGUCAAACGAUAAUUUUAUCAUUUUCGUUGUAGUGUGAAGAAAUUUUUUCACAACCAAUAGGAAUGUUCAAAAUGUCCUAUUGUUAAAGUCAUG